AUGUACUCCAAGUCAAUUGUCGCCUCGGCCCUGUUCGCAGGCGCUGCCUACGCUGCCCCUGCCUCCCAGGGUGUCUAUGCCUCUGAGGCUUCUUCUGAGUACGGCAGCCAGGUUCCCGCCUACACUGGUGCCAACGCUCCCUACAAGUCCGACUCUGCCUCUGUCGACCUUUCCAAGCUCGCCACCUCUUUCGGCACCAACUCUGCAGUCAAGGCCAUCCACACCACUGCUCCCAAUGGCACCGAAUCUGGCGCUGCUGCCCCUCUCCGUAGCAGCAUGGUCACUGGCUCGACCACUCACGGCCCUUACUCCGGUGUUCCUACCACUGUUGGUGCUGUCACCACUACCACUCUUGGAUUGACCGUUUCUACCCUUCCCCUCAACCCCACUGCCACUUACUACAACACCAAUGGCAAGCUCCAGAACCCUGAGCCUGCUCCUUACACUCCUGCUGGUGGUCUUGGUACCAACGGCUCUCUCCCUCGCUACAUGGUUGAGUCCGACUUCGACUACGAAUCUAUUACCCUUGGUCUUUACCAGGAGUGGAUCGAGCUCGACUGCUUCAACAACGGUCUCGCCACUUUCUCUGAGGAGGACUUCAUUGCUGCCGGUCUUACUGCUGAGGACCGUGAGCUCAUCCGCUACAUGGCUCAGCAAGAGGAGGGCCACGCCACUCUUCUCACCAACAUGCUCGGUGAAACCGCUCCCCCUCAGUGCACCUACAACUACCCUUACACCACUGUCCGUGAGUUCGUCGACUUCAACCAGAAGCUCACCCGCUACGGUGAGUCUGGUGUCUGGGGUUUCAUCAACCACCUCGACAGCCGUGAGGUCGGUCAGCUCCUUGCCCAAUCCAUCGCUACCGAGGCCCGCCAGCAGAUGGCUUUCCGCCAGAUGAGCGGUCUCUUCCCCAUGAACCAGUACUUCGAGACUGGUGUUCCUCAGUCUUGGGCUUGGACUCUCCUUGCUCCUUACAUCUCCUCGUGCCCUGAGAACACUACCCGCCUUGCUUGGCAAAACUUCCCUGCCCUCCACAUCGUCAACCAGCCUAACAUUAACCGCUGGUCUGCCAACGACACUGGUGCAUACGAGGUCACUGGUAACCGUACCUCCGACCCCAGCAUCUCCACCAUUCCUGAGGAGGACAGCUGCAUCAACUUGAACGUCACCGGUUACGGCUGUGGCCCCGCCAUUGCUCGCAACCGCUCUGAGCCCCUCUCUUUCCCUGGUAAGAUGGUCAACUUCACCUGGGAUGCUCCCGGCCUUGCUGUCGGCCCCAACAACAGCUACAUCACUGCUGUCAACCCUGUUGCCGGUGAGCCUCAGUACGUCGCUUGGGCUGCUCAGCUCAACCUGACCUACACUCCUCUCAUCAAGACUUCCAACAACUCUGGUUACACCUACCAGCCCGCUGCCAUGAACUACCAGGGUGGUGAGGGAAUUGUCAACGGCACCAUGUUCGUCGCUCUUACCGACACCGACAUGUUCCUUACUCCCUUCAACCUCUCCAUGAUCAACCCUCACGUUGUUGCCCUUGGUCUUUACCAGGCCGGAUAA